CCAGGGCGUUUCCGUCUCCCUCCUGCGCAGGGGUUUCGGGGUCGUCGGGCUCCCAUUAGGGGAGCAGGAGGCAGAGCAGUUAGUAACUUGUUCUUUCUCUUCCAGGUCGACGCACAACGAGAUGGAAAAGAACAGGCGUGCCCAUCUGCGGUUGUGUUUGGAGAAGCUGAAGGGGCUGGUGCCACUCGGACCCGAAGCCAGCAGACACACCACCCUGAGUUUACUAAGGAAGGCUAAAUUGCACAUCAAGAAGCUUGAAGACUACGACAGGAAAGCCGUACACCAAAUAGACCAGCUGCAGCGGGAGCAGCGGCACCUGAAAAGACAGCUGGAGAAGCUGGGGAUAGAGAGGAUAAGGAUGGACAGUAUCGGAUCCACUGUUUCUUCGGAGCGCUCAGACUCAGAUAGAGAAGAGAUAGACGUGGACGUGGAGAGCACGGACGACCUUCCUGCGGACCUCGACUGGAGCAGCAGCAGCCCGAGCGACUCAGAUGAAAGAGGGAGCCUGCAGAGCGUCUGUAGCGAUGAGGGCUAUUCCAGCUCCGGCGUGAAGAGGUUGAAGUCCCAGGGCAAUCGCAAACCUUCUCUCGGUCUGUAA